UUUAUAAAAGAAAAAUAACAUUUAUUAAAAAAUAUGUAAAUUAUAAAUUAAAUUAUCAUACAAAUUUUGUUAUAUGAUUUGUGAUAUAAAAGAAGUGCAAAAUUCUACAAAAUGCCUAUUCCAUGUUCAAGAAAGUGUGGAAAAGAUGCUAUUCUUAAAAGACCUAAAACUGGUCAUGCCUUGUGUAAAGAAUGUUUUUUCUUUGCAUUUGAAAGUGAGAUUCACAAUACAAUCAUAAAGGGCAAAUUAUUCAAAUCUGGUGACAAAGUUGCUAUUGGAGCAUCAGGGGGAAAAGAUUCUACAGUACUUGCAUAUGUUUUGAAAACUUUAAAUAAUAAAUAUCAAUAUGGAAUUGAUCUUUUUCUUUUAUCUAUUGACGAAGGAAUAACUGGAUAUAGGGAUGAUAGUUUAAAAACUGUUCAACAGAAUAAAAAUGACUAUGGACUUCCAUUAAAAAUAUUAUCCUAUAAAGAAUUAUAUGGAUGGACAAUGGAUGAAAUUGUAGCAGAAAUUGGUAAAAAAAAUAAUUGUACAUUUUGUGGUGUAUUUCGAAGACAAGCAUUAGAUCGAGGUGCAGCCCUCUUAGGAGUAGAUUGUAUUGCAACAGGUCAUAAUGCUGAUGAUAUUGCAGAAACAGUUUUAAUGAAUAUCUUAAGAGGUGAUAUAGCAAGAUUACAAAGAUGUACUUCAAUUAUUACUGCAGGGGCAGAUUGUAUAAGACGAUGUAAACCUCUUAAAUAUGCAUAUGAAAAAGAGAUUGUUAUGUAUGCUUAUUUUAAACGAUUAGUAUACUUUUCAACAGAAUGUAUAUUUGCACCAAAUGCAUACAGAGGACAUGCAAGAACAUUUCUCAAAGAUUUAGAGAAAGUUAGACCUUCUUCUAUAUUCGAUAUUAUUCAUUCUGGAGAAACAUUGCAAAUAAAAGAAAGUAUCAAAUUGCCGGAACGAAGAAAUUGUUCUCGUUGCGGAUUUGUAUCUAGCCAAGAAAUUUGUAAAGCUUGUAUAAUGUUAGAAGGUUUAAAUAGAGGACUUCCAAAACUUGGAAUUGGAAAAUCUACCAAAGUUAAAAAAGUAAUAGAUUCUGUUGCAAAUAAAUCUGAAAAUAAUGACAAAAUUAAACUAAAAAAUUUAGAAUUUUGAUUUCUUAUGUAUUCAAAUAUAUUUGUAUGUAUAAAAAUCAUAGAUUUAUUAUUUGUAGAUAAUUUCAAUUAAAAUCGUAUUGCUUUCAAUCAUU